AUCUUGUUCCUCGAUCUUGAUUUGUCCGUUGUGUCAAUCAGACGGUGUGCCAGUUAAAUUUUCUGGCGAAUUUUUGAACUUUUGUGCAGUGCAAGUAGUUGUAAUCAAUAAGAAGACCGGUUAUAAGCAACAAAUUAUUCACGAUCUGCGAGAUAUCAUUAAGAUAACGAGCUAUUAAUAGUGCUCCUGAUAAAAAAUACGCUUUCUGCGAAGAAAAUCGGCUGACCUAAGAACAAGAUGUCUACAAAUACAUCAAUCAAGAGAAAUUACAAACCGCCUAAACCCGGCGAUGAAAUUGUUAUUUCCGGCAUCGCUGGUAGAUUCCCAGAAUCGAGAAAUGUAGAAAUACUCAAAAAUAAUCUGCUCAACAAGAAAGAUAUGGUCACAGAUGAUGAUCGUCGGUGGAAAUUGGAUCACCCGGACAUUCCUCAGCGAACCGGGAAGAUCAAUGACAUUGAGAAAUUCGACGCGCUAUUCUUCGGCGUCCACUUCAAGCAAGCUCACACGAUGGACCCGAUGUGCAGGAUGCUGAUGGAGCACGCUUACGAGGCUGUCAUAGACGCGGGGAUAAAUCCGAAACAGUUGCGUGGAACGCGAACGGGAGUCUUCAUGGGCGCGUGCUUCUCGGAGUCCGAGAAGACUUGGUUCUACGAGAAAUUACAGGUAAACGGUUUCGGUAUCACCGGAUGCAGUAGAGCUAUGAUGGCGAAUAGGGUUUCCUACUGGUUAGGUGUCACAGGACCAUCUUACACAUUGGAUUCCGCCUGUAGUUCGAGUUUGUACGCUAUGGAACACGCUUAUCGGUGUAUUCAGGACGGGCAAUGCGACGCCGCCAUCGUGGGUGGAGCGAAUCUGUGCCUUCACCCAUACGUAUCACUGCAAUUCUCUCGCCUUGGAGUUCUGUCAUCCGACGGCUGCAGCAAGGUCUUCGACACCGAUGCGGACGGCUACGCUCGCAGCGAAACGGUCGCCGUUGUGUAUCUGCAGAAGGCGAAGGAAGCAAAGCGCGUCUACGCCACAGUUGUCUACGGCAAGACAAACUGCGACGGUUUCAAGGAGCAGGGUAUCACAUUCCCGUCGAGCUUAAUGCAGAGCGAACUGUUACGGGAGUGCUACAAAGACUGCGGUCUGCCGCCAAACAUUCUGUCUUACAUGGAGUGUCACGGUACCGGCACCAAGGUCGGCGACCCCGAGGAGGCCAACGCCAUCGACAGAGUCUGCACCAAGGGUCGAACCACUCCUCUUCUCAUUGGUUCUGUCAAAUCAAAUCUAGGUCAUAGCGAGCCCGCUAGUGGCAUUUGUCAAGUCGCUAAGGUGCUAAUAUCGAUGGAAACCGGUAUGAUCCCGCCGAACUUGCAUUACAAGCGACCACGAGAAGGCGUGAAGCCUCUUGAGGAAGGCCGGCUCAAGGUUGUUAGCGAGCUAACACCUUGGAAGGGUGGUUACGUGGGCAUCAAUUCCUUCGGAUUCGGCGGUGCCAAUUGUCACAUCGUGUUAAAAUCUAAUACAAAGGAGAAGAUCAACAAUGGACUUCCUUCGGAUGAUUUGCCGAGACUCGUGGCGGUGUCUGGACGUACCGAGGAAGCUGUUACAACAUUCUUGGAUGAUAUCGAGAGGAAUCCGGUCGACGUUGAGUACAUUCGUCUGCUACAUGAUAUUCAUACUGAAGAUAUUCAAGGACACUUGUAUCGAGGAUAUACGAUAGUUGGUUCGAAGACGGCGACAACGCCCACAAAAGAAAACGAAAAUUAUUUGGGAAUGACCAGACCGAUUUGGUUCGUGUUCUCCGGAAUGGGAUCGCAAUGGCCUGGCAUGGGUAUAGACUUGUUGAAAUUUCCCGUCUUUGCUGAGGCCGUGAAAAAGUGCGAUGACGUGUUACGGCCGCGCGGUAUCGAUAUUUAUAAUAUUUUGACAAACAAGGACAAAUCUACUUUUGACAAUAUCUUGAAUUCUUUCGUGGGUAUCGCGGCAGUACAGAUCGGUUUGGUUGAUCUGCUCACAUCGGUGGGCAUUGUGCCGGACAACAUGAUCGGUCACUCCGUCGGUGAGCUCGGUUGCGCUUACGCGGACGGUUGCUUCACCGCGGAACAGAUGGUCCUAUCGGCAUACUCGAGAGGUUUAGCGUCCAUUGAAACCGAAGUAAUUUACGGUUCAAUGGCGGCAGUCGGUAUGGGCUACGAGGAGAUAAAAAAUCUGUGUCCCCCAGACAUCGAAGUGGCUUGCCACAAUGCUUCUGAUAGCAGUACCAUUAGUGGGCCUGCUGAAUCUAUGAAGGAAUUCGUUGAACAAUUACAGGCUAAAAAGAUCUUUGCAAAGGAAGUGCCAUGCAGCAAUAUACCCUACCACAGUCGCUAUAUUGCGCCCGCCGGACCGAAACUUCUCGCUUACCUGACCAAGGUGAUCCCGCAACCGAAGCCACGUAGCAACAAAUGGUUGAGCACUUCUGUUCCUCGCAGCAAAUGGUCCACCGCGUCUGCCAAACUGUCGUCCGCCGAGUAUCACACCAACAAUCUUCUAAGCGCGGUCCUGUUCGAGGAGACGGCGUGUAUGAUCCCAAAAGAUGCGGUGACCAUUGAGAUCGCGCCUCACGGUCUUCUGCAGGCUAUUCUGAGGCGAUCUCUUAAUUCGAAGGUCGUCAACAUCGCACUCACGCAACGCGGUCACCGGGACAAUGCGGAAAAGUUCUUACAAGCGAUCGGCAAGCUUUACAACACCGGAUUGCAACCGGAUAUAGCGACUCUUUAUCCACCUGUGGAGUUCCCAGUUAGUCGCGGAACCCCGAUGAUCUCUCCCUCCAUUAGGUGGCAACACUCCGACAAUUGGUACGUAACGACGUACAAGACGCAAAAGAAGAUCACUUCCGGAGAGAGAAACAUUGAAGUUUCGUUGAAGAACGAGGACUUUGAGUAUUUGUCCGGUCAUGUAAUCGACGGGAAGAUCCUGAUUCCUGCCAUGGGAUAUCUUGCUUUAGUUUGGGAGACUAUGGGUAUGCUGCGUGGGAAAAUGUACACGGAGAUACCAGUUGUCUUUGAAAAUCUCCAUUUCCUCCGUGUCACUCCUAUUCAGGUGGACGGCAAAGUCGAUCUAACGGUGAUGAUUCAGAAAGGUAGUGGAAAAUUCGAAAUAUCGGAAGGCAACUCUACAAUCGUGAGUGGACUGAUACGCGUUGUAUCGAAUCUCGCGCAGGAGAAGGUAUCAGCCAAAUACAUACCGGCAGAUGACGAUGAAGAAGAAGUGAUGAACACCAAGGAUAUCUACAAGGAACUACGGUUACGCGGCUAUCAUUACGCGAAUAUUUUCCGUGCCUUGAAAAGCGCAUCGAUUUCCGGGAGAAAAGGACACAUCAGUUGGAUCGGUAAUUGGGUGACAUUUAUGGACAAUAUGUUGCAGCUGAUGAUCUUAGGAUUAGACACGAGAAAUUUAUACGUGCCCACGAAAAUACAGAAGAUCGUGAUCGAUACUAAAUUCCACUACCAGGAGAUCCGAAAUAUGACUUCAGAAGAUAGACAAUUUCCUGUACAUGUGUACAAAGAUCUGAACACCAUAAUAUCAGGCGGUAUCGAGAUUCAAGGUCUUAGAGCUACAUCCGUACCUCAUCGACCAGCGACUAGCGACCCGGUCAUCGAAGAGUACAAGUUUGUGGCUCACCGUGACGGGGCGCGAAUCUCUCUGGAAGAAGCUGUCAGACUAUCGAUGCACAUUGCGCUCGAGUAUCAUCAAACCAUACACGUGAAGGCUGUCGAAUUGAUCGACGAAUCCGAUAAUGUGACCGCGGAAAAAUUGGUGUCGCCUAUUCUGACCACAGUUCUAGGUGAUUUACCUUUAAUUCAAAUGAACAUACUUUUGACGACGCCGGCUGAUCGAUUUAACACGUUACCGUCGAACAUACAUACCAUUGAUGCGAAGAAACUGGCCAAGGAGGAGAACAUUCUGCUCGUCGUCGGUAUCGGGCUUUCGAAGAAGGAUCAGCUGCAAGAAAUUCUGCCGAAAUUAAAGGACGGUGGUUUUGUGUUGACACGCGAGAAAUCGUUCAAACCCGAGAACACUGCGGCAUUAUCGAAACUCGGCUUAGAUGUGAUUCUAGAAAAGAGCACCGACAAGGAAAAAAUUUUGCUAUUGAAAAAGAGAGAACGUGUAAUCAGGAAAACCGAGAUCGUCCACGUUAAUAACAAUGAGUUAUCUUGGGUCGAAAAGCUAAAUUCCAUUAUAAACAUAGAGAACAAGAACACUGAUGAUAUAAGGGUGAUACUCGUCAGUGAAGGAGAGCUCGAAAGUGGUUUGUUGGGCUUCUUGAAUUGCUUGAAGAAAGAGCUAGGCGGAAGAAUGAUCAGAGGCGUGUUGAUUCAAGACAAGCAGGCGCCCAAGUUUUCCUUGCAAAAUCCUUUGUAUGAGGAACAGCUUCAACUCGAAUUACCAAUCAACGUGUUGAGGCCUGGUAAUGUCUGGGGAUCUUACAGGCAUCUACCGAUACUGUCGCAAUUGAAACCAAAAUUGGUUCAUCACGCCUAUGUUGAUCAAUUGGUGAAAGGUGAUUUGAGCUCAUUACGUUGGGUCGAAGGCCCCAUACGUCCUAAUUCUACUCAGGAGAAUUUAGUCCAUGUAGCAUAUGUAUCUCUCAACUUCAAAGACAUUAUGUUGGCCAUGGGAAAACUCAAUUUCGACACAUCCAUAGAGUUUAAUCGAUUCAAUGAGUGCAUGCUUGGUGUAGAUUAUGCCGGUAUUAAUACUGCUGGCCAUCGUAUAAUGGGAAUGCAGAAAUACAGAACAAUGUCAAACAUCGUCGAGUACGAUAGAAACCUGUGCUGGCGCGUACCUGACGAUUGGUCACUUGAGGACGCAGUUACCGUGCCCUGCGUCUACGCCACAUGCUACUAUGCGUUGUACAUGUGCGGUAAUAUGAAGAAAGGCGACAAGGUGCUCAUACACUCCGGUACCGGCGGCGUCGGUCAGGCGGCGAUCCGUCUUGCUCUCCACGAGGGCUGUGAGGUGUUCACCACCGUGGGAACAUCCGAGAAACGGGAGUUCAUUCGCAAGAUGUUCCCGUCAAUCUCCGACGAUCAUAUUGGCAACUCGCGCGACACCAGCUUCGAGCAGUUGAUACUACAGUAUACAAACGGUGGUGGCGUGGACAUCGUCCUGAAUUCGUUAGCUGACGAGAAGCUCCAGGCGUCAGUUCGCUGUCUGGCGAAUAGCGGCCGCUUCCUGGAGAUCGGCAAGUUCGAUCUUUUUGCAAACACUGCUCUAGGAAUGAUAAUCUUCUUGAAGGAAGUCAGUUUCCACGGGGUUGUAUUUGACAAUAUAUUCGAAAGUACCGAAGAGGAGAAGUUGGAGAUUAACAACUUGUUGGCCGAAGGCCUGAGAAACGGGGCUGUCAAGCCGCUGCUUAGGAAAGUCUUUGAAAGGGACAGCGUAGAGGCAGCUUUCAGAUAUAUGACAACCGGCAAGCAUAUGGGCAAGAUAGUCUUGAAGAUUUGCGACGAGAAGAAGAUUGAGAAAGUACCUAUUCUUGCCGAUCCUCGAUAUUACUGCGACGGUGAGAAAAGCUACAUUAUCCUGGGCGGACUAGGCGGUUUCGGUUUGGAACUAGCUGAUUGGCUGAUUCUUCGAGGUGCUAGAAACCUGAUAUUGGUAUCAAGAACGGGAGUAACAAACGGUUAUCAGCGCAUGAGAAUUGAACUGUGGAAGUCUUACGGCGUGAACGUGCUGAUUAUCACAGGCGCCGACGCUGCCAAUCGUAAGGACUGCGAGUUCAUAAUCAAGUCCGCGGCGAAGCAGGGUCCAGUGGAUGCCAUCUUCAAUCUCGCUGUGGUGCUGAAAGACGCUCUUUACGAGAAUCAAACGAUACAGUCGUUCGAGGAAUCCUUGAAACCGAAGGCCUGGUCCACGAAGAUAUUGGACGAAUUAUCCAGAAAAUUGUGUCCGCAACUGAAACAUUUCGUAGUCUUCUCGUCGGUCUCCUGCGGCAAAGGAAACACUGGUCAGACGAAUUAUGGUAUGGCUAAUUCUGUGAUGGAAAGGAUCUGCGAGAGGCGGGUAGCGGAUGGCCUGCCAGGAUUGGCUAUCCAGUGGGGCGCGGUCGGUGAUGUUGGUCUCUUUGCCGAACGGCAAGGAACCAACAAGGAGCUCGUCAUCGCUGGUACUCUCCAGCAAAAGAUAUCUUCUUGCCUGCAGAAGUUGGAGGUCUUCCUAUUGCAAGAUUAUCCAGUGGUUGCUAGCAUGGUGGCAGCCGAGAAGCGUACGGGUCUUUAUGGUGUCGCCAAUGUCGUAGAAACUGUUCAGAAUAUAAUGGGCCUAAAUGAUCUGAAGACCGUCGCUCAGCACAUAUCGUUGGCCGAACUUGGAAUGGACUCGAUGAUGGCUGUGGAGAUCAAGCAGACAUUAGAACGCGAAUUCGAUAUGUUCUUCACCCAGCAGGACGUUCGCAAUCUGACCUUCUCCAAACUGGUGGAAAUGGACAAGAGCACGGCGCGAGAGAAGUCGCAGAGCAAAGGCGACGAGAAGACGACCGAGUUACCCGGCAUGCAACUGCUGAUCCGAGUAAUAGGCAACAAGGACAUAACUAACGAUGUCUGUCUGGAACUACAGACCAAGAAGGACAAGCGCAAAGUCGACGUAUUCCUCAUGGCGGGAGUGGAGGGUUGCGGACACAUUUUCAAUCCGUUGGCAUCGAAGAUCAGAGCCGCGGCAACGUGUCUACAAUAUGGAAUAUAUAAUAUCGGGGUUGGCCAUACUUCCAUACCGGAUUACGCCAAACAUCUGUUACCGUAUGUUUUACCGAAAGUAGAACAGCAGAGAUUCUUCGUUCUGGUAGGCUAUUCGUACGGCUCGUUAGUCGCCAUUGAAUUGGCACGGCUAUUGGAAAGUAACGGUUUGAACGGCCGGUUAGUGUUGAUCGACGGCGCGCCAAAUCUAAUGAAGACGAUGAUAGAGCAGUUUAUACCGUGCUCCACAACAGAAGAAUUACAGAAUAAUGUUCUGCUCAGCGUCACGGAUCUUUUGCAACCAGCCGCGAGUGGGAAGCUGCUUUUAGAUUUAAAUAAGUGCACUAACUGGGAACAGAAAUUGGACUACUUUAUCACGUACUUCUCCAAUACCAACAUAUCACUUUCCAUGGAGAAUCUGAAAGCAUUGUGUAUGACCAUUUACCAACGUCUUCUCGCACUGCAGAAGUACGAUGUGUCGUCCGUGCCGCCUUUACGAUCGCCCAUAGUACUUCUAAAGCCUACACUACAAUCCAUCCAAAUGCCUGAAGAAGAUUACGGCCUUUGCAAGGUCACGCGAGACAAGGUGGAAAUACAUUACAUCGAAGGCAAUCACAUCACAAUGCUGGACAGCGACAAAGUUGUAGCUGCGAUCAACGGAGAGCCAAUGCUAGACUCUAAGGCGUUUAAGAAGCUCCUAAUAGAAGAUAAGCCACUUGAAUUUCCAGAAGAACGUACCAGAAAAUAAAUCGAAGUUUAGAAAUUUGAUACACAAUUAUAAUAUCCCACUGUUAUAAUCAUAUUAUCAUCAUGUUAUAAUCAUAUCAUUAUUAUAUUAAUGUUAUAUUAUUAAUAUAUAUGUCCAGGAUGUUCCAAAAUUUGAAUAACGCUGUGAUGGUGAUUAAAGAGGUAUCUACGUCUACAUCUCAUAGUCUACAGUAGUUUAUAAUAAAUAUAGUUGUCUUUUGUGUUUAUACUUUUUUUAACAUCAAACUUUUCGCAAGCGCGCACGCGCUAUUUGUUGUAAUAUUUUUAUAUCCGAAUUUGUGUGGGAACAUCCUGUACAUACAUGCAUAUUCUGGAUGAAUUUGAAAUCGGUGAAAAAAUACAUAUAAUGUAUAAAAGACAUGGUUUUUUCUUAAAGAUAUAAUAGAUGCAUAUAAUGAUUGCAUUCUUACCUUUUAAUAGACUUUUAGUAUUAAUAUUUGUUUCGUUUUUCAACAAUAUAAUAAACAGAUAUGAAAUUUAA